GACUGGCUCAUAUUUACAUAUUGCUUUGAAUAUGCAAAGCACUAAGUUAUCUCUAUUGGGAACAUUUAUUUGCCUUGAUCUGGCUGCUGGCAAAACCGAGAGCAGGGCUGUGUGUGUGACAAUGCCAUUUUAUGCCAGCCUCAAGUUUACACAAUUACAGUUUAAUGCCAGGGGAGUUUGCGGCUUGCUGAGCACUUUGGGACGGCUUCCAGAGCUGGUGAGCGGUACUUGGAGGCCAGGCACAGCGGCCUGGAACAGGACGGUGGAAAGAGCUCCCACUUAGGCUGACAGAAAUGGCCCUUCCUCUCUGGAAGAACUUAGUUCAGACUACAAAGAAAAGAAUACUACAACAGAGAAGGUUGUCACUGUAUAAUGGUGCUGAUGGCUAUGAAGAAGAAUUGAUAAAGAAGAAACUUCAACAGUUUUCUGGUGGAUCCAUCAACCUUUCCAAAGAGGACAAUGGCAUUGGAAUACUUACUUUGAAUAACCCAAAGCUAAUGAAUGCCUUUACAGGUACUAUGAUGGUAGAACUCCAGGAGAGGGUAACUGAACUGGAAAACUGGAAGGAUGGCAAAGGUCUUAUAAUCCAUGGUGCAGGAAACACUUUUUGCUCAGGAUCUGAUUUGAAUGCUGUCAAAGAAAUAUCCAACUCCCAGGAUGGGAUGAAUAUGUGCAUGUUUAUGCAAAACACCUUAACCAGACUUAUGAGGUUGCCUUUGAUCAGUGUUGCACUAGUUCAAGGAAAAGCUUUUGGAGGAGGAGCAGAACUUACCACAGCAUGUGAUUUCAGGUUGAUGACGCCUGGAAGUGAAAUUCGGUUUGUCCACAAGCACAUGGGUCUGGUGCCAGGCUGGGGAGGAGCUGCCCGGCUGGUGCGGAUCGUGGGCAGCGGGGCAGCCCUGCAGCUGCUGGCUGGGGCUGCCCGGGUGGACCCCGAGAGAGCUCUGAGCCUGGGGCUCUCCGAGGAGACGCUGCCGUCCUCAGACCAAACCAGAGCGCUGGGAGAGGCCCGGGCCUGGCUCAGUCACUACACAGAGGGUCCGGCCGCUGUGAUUCGGGCUGUGAAAAAGGUGGUGACAGCGGGAAGAGAGCUCCCACUGGAAGAUGCCCUAAGGACAGAGAAGGACAUUUUUGGAACUGUAUGGGGUGGGCCUGCCAAUUUGGAGGCAUUGGUUAGAAGACCAAAACAUAAAUGAUGGUUUAUGCAUAAGAAAUGGGCUUGACCUUUUUGCAAACAAAGCUUUCAGUAAAGCAGCCUUUAAACUGAAUCAUUUAAUGACUUGUCCAUUUAAAAUGGCAUUAACAUUCCUGCCAUUUAGGUCAGGCAGGCAUAUUUGGUGUGCAACCACAGAGAAAUCCCGGGCAGAUUCUCUACUGUGCUAAUCAUCCACUGAAUAGAGAUUAGUGAAAUUACUAUGUAAAGGUAAAUACUGCACUGAAAAUAGAACUAUAAUUCAUUUGGAAUGAGGCUGAAGAUUAUUUUAUUUGGUGUUUUGUUUUUUUUUAACUAGGAUGGAAAUUAAUUAUUUGAAAGUUGUGAGGUUUAUUCAUUUGUGGAAUAGGUGCAUCUAAAGCUGCAAAAUACAAGUUCCCCAACAUGAGACCAAUGUCUUUAAGAGCAGCUUGGAAAAGAUGAUUACCAGUGGAAGGAUAGCUUUUAUUUUUUCAUUCUAGUUAGUUCUUUGUGUUAUUGCUGAGCAAGUAUCCUGUAAUUUUAAUGGUGCUUUUAUAGGAGAACCUUUGUGUUAGUGAGAAGCUUCUAGCACUCAUUCACUAUCACUGAUUCAGGUUUUUAAAUGUAUUUUGGUGUCUUCUCACUGCUCAAGGAAUCAACUACCCACACAUGCAUCUGCACAUUCCCAUAUCCUGUACCUGUGCAAAGCUGCUGGCCUGGUUCUUUACACAAAGUCUAGCUGAAAUCUUGGAAGGCCAUGAUGUAUCAUGCCCUGAAAUGGCUUGUCCUUAGUUGACUGGAUGAUGUGAGUACUUCAGCAUUCUGUUAAGAUGUGCAUGGAUAUGUCUAUGUCUUUCUUCAAUGCAUUUUUACUGGUAGGGUGUAUUUGGGCUGACUGGAAGAUUUGGAACUCAGUCUCCGUUUCAUGCCAGUGACUAUGCAAGUAAUUGAAUAACUCAGUGGGGAAAGUUUUCUCUUUAGAAAUUAGAAACUGACACACAGUGCCUUAAAGAGAUGUAAAAAUAAACAUCUGUGAGAGAAAAACCAUACAGACAUAUCUGUGACUGAGAGUUUCCUGUACUGUUGGUUAGGAUGCACUUGUGUCUAAAUCCAGCAGGGGCCGAGAUCUGAGCCAAGGACCUAAGUACUCUGUGGGAGCAUGUAAAGAAGGAAGCUCUGGGCUGUGUGCCACUGACAUGCAUUCUUGCUCUGACCAGGCAUAACUAGCUCAAGAUCAUGGAACAAGCUCCCUUAAGAAAAGAAGGCAGUAUCUUGGAUGGAAAUCCAUGUUACAAUUUCUACAGUGUGGCAGGAGUCCUGAGUUUUCAUGAGGUAACUACAUAUGUUUGAGGACUUGGAGACACAUCAAUGAUGGGAAUUAAGCUUGGAUUGCCUGUUAAGAUUCUGUAGUUUUGAGCAGAUUCUGUGAUCUGCUGGAGAUGUUUUACUGUAUGGCUUUCACAGCAAUUAAUAUAGCCUGAAGCAACCAAGAGAAGUGCUGAGGAAAUGGAUGUGUUUUUGAGUUGGCACCUUAGAGAAGAUAAGGAACUUACCUCCACCCUGUUGAUCCUGCACCUUAAUAUCUGAAGCACCAAUGGAGGAAGAUUUCAAGUCUCUCUUCCCCAAAAAUAAAGUUCAAUUUUUCCUUUCAGGUUAGAGAAGAGACGGGAAUGAGAACAUGGGGAAGAGUAGUGUUUUGUUUUGUGCCUUUCUCCUCCUGGCUCCUUUUUAUCCAGUAGACCAGCUGUUACUCCUGUGUGGCUGGAUUCUUUCCCAUGCCCUAAAGAACGUCAAACCCAAGUGGAAAUGCUUUAGUAUAAUCAGGCAGCACUUGACUGUUUAGUAGUGAAGCUAUUUUACUUUUCAUGAAGUUUCUCAAGACUCAUGAGGUAUUCUAGACAGCUGCAUCACUGAACCUUCAAGGCACGCUCCAGUCUGUACUCAUCGAGUUUUCUGAAGCAAUAGCACAUAAUGUUGUUGUGAGUAAAAAAAAAAAAAAAUGUUUUAAAGGGCAACUGGUUAUGCCUUUGCUUUUAGCAAGAAUGAAAGUGCCAUUACUGUUAUUAUUUUUAAAACUGGUGUGGAAAUUGCUUAGAACCUGAGUAAGAUCCUUGAAUCUUUUUUUCUUUAGUGUAUUAGGCUCCUAAGUGUAUUCUGUGUACUGAGUUAUAGAAAUUUGAGAUGGAAGAAAUUGUAGGACAAGGACAGAAUCUGGUUUCUUUCAUAUUUUGAACCAGAUCUGUACUGGCAGUUAGUGAAUGCUAAGUACACCUGUGGGGGAUGUCUUUCCAUUUUGAUUUAUAAACAAUGAGCUUAAUUCUCAUUUCAGCAAAUAUAUUUCCCCAUCCACCCUCUGUGAUUUGUAUCAAAGGCCAAUGUUUGCUUCUAAGAAAUCAGGACAAAUAAUUAACUAAUAUACAGCAAGACACAUUCAGAGCAGUUUCAAAGAAGGUUAUGGAAACCCAUUUUGUUGGUAUCAUAAAUAUACCAAGCGUAGGUACAGGGCAUUCUGAAGAUCAUUGCAGGUUUUGAUCAAGGAUUUUGUGACUAGUCUAAUACCAUAUUCUCUGGUUUAUCUUCUUCUAAAAGUAAGCAGAGCCCUUCAUAGAAAUGACAGGCCAGCUAAAUUACGAGUGCCAGGGAUGAGAGAGACUGAGAUGAAAUGGAAUCCCAUUUAGCCCAUUUGAAAGCUAAAUGCUUUAUUUCACAGAAUACUUUUUUAUCAUCUAGAAGUGACAAAUACCUUUAACCAGCAAUUGAUAAAUGUUUUUAUUUUCUUUACAAUUAUUAAAGAUGUUAAGCUUCAUCUCAGCAGUUUUUCCCCCUUCUGAAAAAACAAACAUGCAUUAAAUGCGCAAAAUAAAUUAGAAACAUCAAAAUUGAUAGUCCGAGACUCCUAAUUAAAUAGCAUGCCAGCUUUUGUACUUCCUAGGGGCUAAUUUGCCAGUUUCCUCUUCAGCAAACUAAGUUUCCUAUUACAUUGUGAAAUGUCUGUCUUGUUUUUCUUCUGUGUACUGGGCCAACCCAAGGGUUUAAUAGGAGCGUGGAUUCUUUACUGAGCUUGUAAAGGUUGGAUACUGGAGAUCACUUUUAACAAGACAGAUACUUCUAUCUUAUUUGCUGCUGAUAGAAAUAUAUUUACUAGAUGGUCAAGCUAGAUAAGCAAGGUGUUCUUGCAGAAUGCUUGGCUCCCUAUCUGAUUUGUAUUUUUUUAGCCAUGAAAUAGGAUUCCUGUAUCUGGGGUUAUCUGUUCUGGAAAUUGAGAUGCUGUAGAUUUUAUAGCAUUUAAAUUUCCUUUUUCAUUUUCCCUUCUGCUUCACUGUGCAUUUCUCUGGCUAUGCUGUACAAGUUGAAAAUCACUUAAUGCAUGGAAUUGCAGUCAACCACAUAAUGCAGUGUGGCUUUGCUAAAAUGAACAGAGAACACAUUUCCUACUGAAAGUAAUGGUUUAAAUAUAAGAUGGGAAUUACCAGUUACUACUUUUCCCUAGCUUGAUCUGGGGAGUGCAUUUGCUGCUCUGAUGGUUGGCUAUUAAGCCCUCACCAGCCUUGCUUUAAUUUUAGUGUUUCACAGCUGCAGUUAGCCAGGAGCCAAAACCAGCAUCACGGGUGUGGGGCUGAACUCUCUACUUGGAUCAAAAACCCCAAGGAUAAUCACUGAUAGAAUUAUUUGUAGACUGUUUGGGCUGCAAAUCCUAAAAUUAAGUAUAUAGUGAGUCAUGUUCCUUUAUUUUAUUUCUUGCUUUUUUCAACCCCUUCUCACAUUAAGUGAAGUGUGUGCACAUAGCUGAUGUUCUUAGUGAAGGCUUUUGCAGCACAAAGGCAUAAUUUGGUUAGAGCCACUGUAUACUAACUCAAAUCAAAGUAAGAUAGCUAGCAACUAAGAGAGAAAAAAAGCAUUCCAUCCAUUUUCCUUUCUGAACUCCAUGUAAUUGGCUUAUUUCUUUAUGGGACUGGAAGAAGAUGGUGAAAAUCUGUGGUCAACAGCAUCUAUUUCUAGCUGAGAAUGGAGAUCUUCCUUAUUCCAUCCUACUCUUGUCUGCACUUUCCUGACCACUGAUCUCACCUGUAGGCAGAGGAGGAGGGGCAUAGCUUGUCCACGAUCAGAUAUGUCAUCCAUCAUUACAGUAAAAAGAUCAUAGAAGUUUAAAUCUACCAUUUUAGAAGUCAGCCCUUUUAAUUCCUUUCAAAUGGUUGUUUGCUUAAAGCAACUUAAGACCAGUAGUACCUAUGUAUCAGCUACUGUCCCUUGGUAUUCUGAGAUACAUAUACUAAGAAUAGGAGUUGAAUUAGCUUUAAAAUAAAGACAGAGUCCAGAAUCAAGUAAUGCUGUUUCUCAAUCUGAAAAAAUGUAGAAGAACUGCUAGAGAGAUAAAAGACAAGCUGUGUUUUUCAAGAUCUGGCUUUUAACAUUCAGAAGUCUGUAGUAAUGCAGCUCCCACGCUGCUAAUACAAGCACAAAACUGCUCCUUCUGUGCUGCCAUCAGUUUUGCUAUGAACAGGGGAACAGCACAAUCAUCCUUAAUAUCCAUGUCCUUUGUAAUAGGGUCAACUUUGAUAACUUACAGUCUUUUAUUUCAACAUUUCUGCUGUUAAAAUAAGGCUGUGUGUGAUACUUCUGCCUGCCAUCAACAGUGAAGUGAGUUAAUCAGCUCUUCAGAUGUCUGUGUGAGUAUUAAGCUUGCAGCUCAUGAUUUUUCAAUAAAAGACGAUAGUCCUA